AUGUUUUAUGAUCUGAACGUUCCUUACUCUUCGGAUGAUCCCGAGAUCUCUGAUACAUUGAGCUUUCUUGCAGAGCUUGGUUACACAACCGUCGCUCUCUCGCAGACUAUCAGUGGAAAGCUCCCCUCAAACCUUGCCCCGCCACCUGCACCCACGAAUGCUCCCAAGAAUUUGAAAUUGCUUUCUCGCGUGAACUUGAUGUUGUCCGACCCCGCACAGAAUCAGCGCCUCGCAAGCUUAGCUCAGGUGUAUGACUUGGUUGCACUUCGCCCUACCAAUGAAAAAGCCCUCUUGAAUGCAUGCACGAAUCUCGAAUGCGACCUGAUUUCUCUCGAUCUCUCCGUGAGACUUCCGUUUUACUUCAAAUUCAAAAUGCUCUCCGCCGCCAUCGAACGAGGGGUUCGGCUGGAAAUUUGCUACGGGCCUGGGGUUACAGGGAGCGGACUUGAAGCCCGUCGGAAUCUCAUCGGCAAUGCUAUGUCCUUGAUCCGCGCGACACGCGGAAGGGGGAUCGUUGUGUCAAGUGAGGCAAAAAGGGCCCUGGGCGUGAGGGCUCCAUGGGAUGUCAUCAACCUGACAUGUGUAUGGGGUUUGUCACAGGAACUCGGUAAGGAGGCAAUCAGUGAAGAAGCAAGAAAGGUCACCGCACUAGCCAAACUGAAACGCACAAGCUGGCGUGGGGUCAUUGACAUCGUUGACGGGGGACAGAUGUCAAAGUCACAAGUUAUGGAGUCUGGAAUGGGGCAGAAAGGCAUGUCUAAGAAGAAUUUCUCGCAGGCUCAGGUGACUGGAGACAACCUGAAGAGGAAGGCGUCCCUCGGCUCAGAGGCAGCCGUUGAGAUCGAAAAACCGCUGUCCAAGCGUGAGAUGAAACGAAGGGCUAAAAAAGCGCGGUUGGAGGCAGGAGAGUGCGGUGGCAACGCAGCAGGCCCUGGUGCGACUGUAGCCUCUGGCUGA